AUGCGCCGCAUCGACUUGUCGCUCCACCGCCGAACCGACCUUACCACUCUGUCAGACGACCUGCUUGCCAAUUUCAACCCCGACCACACCGUUCUCAUGGAUGAGACGGUAGUGUACUUUGAAGACGCAAGGAAGCAGACCAUUCAGGUUCGUGGAGCGCGCCAUGUCGUCGCGAAGUCAACUGGGUUUGCCUCCAUGCGCGUUACGGCGGCUAUGGCAGUCACGACAUCUGGUGUGGAGCUACCGCCCCUUGGUAUCUGGAAGCACAAAAAGGGAAGCCGUCCAGUCACGAAACAAGGCGCAGUGUACGUGGGUUAUCAACCCAAAGCCUGGGUAGAUUCGGACCUGUUGUGCAACUGGAUUGAUGUCGUUUUUACGCCGGUGUUGCAGGCCGACGGGAAAGCAAUCAUCUGGGACUCGAUGCGGGCGCACCUCUCCAAGAAGGCCAAGGCAAAGUGUGCGAGCCGCGGCAUUUCGCUGUGCGUCAUCCCCGGUGGCUCGCACCUUACCUACUAG